AUGGCACCCUCUCCUUCCCCAUACCUCUGCGUCAGUUGCAGAUUAUCGUCUAAAAAUGAUGUGAGACAACUAUUAUUACGCCGCUCCUUCACCCUCUCCUCCAACCGACGAAGCCAGCAGGUGGUACGACCUGCGACAGCUCCGAAGGCCACCCCGGACGUCAAACACAUCCGCCAGAAUCUUGAUCGCUACUCACAAAACUGUAUUGAACGAAAUUAUGCCGGGAAUUCUGGCUAUCCGUCACAAAUAGAUGCCUUGUCUGAGGAAGUGCGCCAGCUCGAUCGCGAUCUAAGGGCGCCGCGAUCCAAGAUCAAGCACCUAGAGCAAACGAUUGCAAAACUGACCAUUGCGGCCCGACACAAUAUACAAAACGAUGAACAAGAAGGUCAAAACUCAGAUCGGGAACUUGGAAGGUUGAGAAUGGAAGCGCAGAGGCUCAAGGAUGAGUCUUCGGCCAAGUCCCUUCGCAAGGCUGCUUGCACAGAAGAAAUCAAUCAGCUGGCCCUUGCUCUUCCGAACCUAUCGUCCUCCGAGACCCCCGUCGGCGACAACCCACGUUUGAUCAAUUACAUCAAUUUUGAUCCCCUGGCGCCUCCGUCAUGGACGCGCCUCUCUUCCGCAGAGCUUCAGACACGUUCGCAUGUCACUAUUGGCACAGAACUAGGCCUCCUCGACUUCACAAGCUCAGCCACGACAACAGGAUGGGGCUGGUAUUUCCUGAUAAACGAGGGCGCGAUGCUGGAGCAAGCAUUGGUCCAGUAUGCGCUGGGCGUAGCACGACGCCGUAGCUGGAAGAUGGUCACGCCGCCAUCGGUCGUUUACUCAUACAUUGCCGAGGCUUGCGGAUUUCAACCUCGCGACCAGAAUAAUGAACGCCAGAUCUGGUCAAUCGAGCAGAGCGAACGAGACCGCGAAAGCAAACCGCCUCGUUCCUUGACCGCUACCGCCGAAAUCCCCCUUGCCGCAAUGUAUGCCGGUCGCGACAUCGACGCUGCCGAUCUCCCUCUCAAGAUGGUCGGUGCUAGUCGAUGCUACCGUGCAGAGGCGGGUUCCCGUGGUGUGGAUACUAAGGGUCUUUACCGUGUUCAUGAAUUCACAAAAGUCGAAAUGUUCGGCUGGACGGAUAACCUCGACCCAUCUUCCGAGACUACUAACUCGAAGGACCUUUUCGCAGAACUCAUGGAUAUUCAAACCGAGAUUCUAACUUCGCUCCACCUCCCUUGUCGGGUUCUAGAGAUGUCGAGUACGGAUCUAGGAGCAAGCGCGAGUCGCAAACGUGAUAUCGAGGCACUUUUCCCUUCCAGAUUCCGUCCUGAGUCUACUUCAAACGCUGUGGACCCAGCAGCUGAAAAGCUCGAGUCUGCUUGGGGCGAGGUAACCUCCGCCUCCAUUUGCACUGACUAUCAAAGCCGACGCCUGGGGACCCGUGUUCGUGGUGGUUCUGCCAAGGACUCUCGAUUCCCCCAUACUGUCAAUGGCACAGCAAUGGCCGUCCCACGUGUCCUGGCUGCCAUCUUGGAAAAUGGGUGGGAUGCCGAGCGUGGCGUGGUGAUCGUGCCGGAGGUUUUGCGGCCUUGGAUGGAUGGGAUGGAGACGAUUGGCGGAAAACGCUAA